CUGACACAUGAUGAAAAAAGCAUGUGUUUUUCUGAGCCUCCAUGUCGUCUUAAUGGACAUAUCGGCAGAGAACCGAAACUUAUAAACGCAAAAAAGGAUGAGUUCUUCAUCUUCGUCUUCUUCCCCUCGUCGUUCUCGUAUUAGCAAUGGAGAAGAUGAGAGGCCAAGAUUCUUCGACUCGAAGGCAAAGAGCAAGUGCUGGGCCAAUGCAGAAACAGUGCCUGGUCGUCAUCCUGAGAGAUGGCGCAAAGACGCUGCUGGCAACAUCGUCUGCAAGCGUUUCUGCAACUGCAAAGGCUGCCUCUGCUUCGAGUACGACCACAUCGUCCCCUUCUCCAGAGGUGGUGAGUCCACGGCAGAAAAUUGUCAAAUUCUUCAAACUAGGGUGAAUAGGCUUAAAUCAAACAAAGAGGUGGAUACAACUCGGUUGAAAGGUUACUCUUGCUCUGUCCAGUUUACUGAUAAGGAGCUUGACAUAAUCGAAAUGGCUGUUUACGGGGACGUAAGUCGGCCUGGUAAUCAGUGUCGCUGCAGAACUGUUGCUGAAAUGCUUGGAAAAUUCAAGUCAAAAGAUGACUUGGCUGCCUGCAAACUGCCAUAUGAUAAAGAAUCUGUAUAGCAAACAAAGACUACACAUUGAUGCAAGACUCUUGACAAGAUUUUCAAACAACAAUGUUUCUGAUUCUGCAUUUCUGAUGUUGUGCAGAGUGCUUGGGAACAUGUUCAUUCUGAUAGAAACGUAAACUGAGAUUGAACCUCCCCCAAGCUUUUUGGGGCCACAAAUUGAACACUUGAAUCA